AUGAGUCAACAUCAACCCAUUCUGCGCACUGAACGCCUGGAACUCCGGCCACUCGGAUCAGAGCACUUCGAAUUCACCAAACAACUCGACUUUGAUCCAGAUGUUAUGAGAUAUGUCCUGACUGGCAAACCAUUGACACCCGAGCAGGCCGUCGAGGUACACCAAUGGCUACUCAACGCAGCAAAGCCGCUUCCCGGCGUCGGGUGUUGGGUCGGCUUUGUCGGUGACGACUUUGUCGGAUGGUGGGUCCUUGCUCCUUCUCAGAAAAACGUGGGAGAAGACGGACCGGCGCAAUACUACCACGACAGAACUGAAUUCGGUUGGAGACUCUUGCCUAAGUUUUGGAGAAAGGGUUAUGCAAAAGAAGGAUCGCGCGAGCUGCUGAGGUACGCCUUCGAGGACUUGGGGCUGAGAGAAGUGGCUGGAGACACCAUGACUAUCAACGUGGCCUCUCGAGCCACAAUGGCCUCUUGCGGAUUGCAACAUGUUCGGACCUUCCAUAACCAGUAUGACGACGUGUAUAUUCCUGGCAUUGAAGAAGGUGAGGUGGAAUACAGAAUCACCAGGGAUGAAUGGGUGCGGCAGCAUCAGCCCUGGCAGCGCUAG